CGCGCGCGGCCACGUCAUCACGUCAGCCUCGCUCGAGCCUGUCCGUUUAAACGUGUGCCUCAGCCAAUCAGGAGGCUCCAGGUCAGAGGCGCCGCGGAUGUACCGGAAGAGAAGAUGGCUGCACGCAACGGGAAGACGGGGCUCCUGGAGAAGUGGAGGAUCGAUGAGAAGCCGGUGAAGAUCGAUAAAUGGGACGGAGCGGCGGUGAAGAACUCUCUGGACGACGCUGCCAAGAAGGUGAUCUUGGAGAAGUUCGGCUACGUGGAGAACUUCCGGCUGGUGGACGGCCGCCUGCUGAUCUGCACCGUGUCCUGCCUGUUCGCCAUGCUGGCGCUGGUCUGGGACUACCUGCACCCCUUCCCCGAGUCGCGGCCCGUCCUGGCCUGCUGCGUCGUCUCGUACUUCAUCAUGAUGGGCAUCCUGACGCUCUACACGUCCUACAAGGAGAAGAACAUCUUCCUGGUGGCCAUCCAGAAGGACCCGGCCGGCAUGGACCCCGACCACGUCUGGCAGCUCUCCUCCUCCCUCAAACGGUUCGAUGACCAGUACACGCUGAGGGUCUCCUUCACCGACGGGAAGUCCAGGAGCUGUCGUGAGACGGAGUUCACCAAGUCGGUGGCGGCGUUCUUCGACGAGAACGGGACGCUGGUGAUGGACCAGUUUGAGAAGUGUGUGUCCAAACUGCACGACACACUCGCCACCGACAAGAAGACCAAGUGAUCCGCACAGCGUGUGUGUGUGUGCGCGUGUGUGUGUGUGUGUGUGUGUGUGGAUCUUGUCUCUGAACACGCCUCCAACAUGGCUGCCAGGAGACACGUGAUUGGUUAAGUGUCUGUUGGCUGUUGUUUGGUACCCCCUCCUCAGCAGGAUCACAUGACGCGAGGGGGGCGGGGCAAAGCCGAAUAAAGUUGUUACUCAUUAUUA